ACCAGGUUGGUUCCCGCUUUUUGUCUUUGCCCACGGCAAGCAUGUCGCAAGAGCUCGAGGGGGGGAGCUCCGAGCUACUUUUAACCUCUGUGCAUUCUCACUCUCUGAGCACUCACAACUUCAUCUACAGUCGUUGAAAAUCGGACCCGAAGUCAACAUGGCGAAGAGAAUAUACUUUCUGGCCCAUGGCGGUCAAGUACAAGGUGUCGGAUUCCGGUACUUUACGCAGAAGAGAGCCACCGAGUAUGGUCUCACGGGAUGGUGUCGCAACACUGAUAAUAACAAGGUCGAGGGUGAAGCGCAAGGCGACGAGGAUGCGCUGAAGAAGCUGCUCAAGGACAUUGACGAGGGACCGAGAUCAGCCAGGGUUGUCAAGCUUGACCAGGAGGAGAGAGAUCUUGUUCAGGACGAAAAGGACUUUGCGGUACGACGAUGAAUUAUCGUUUGAGUGACUUCUCUUCGAUGAACAAGGUUGGUAAGAAGACUAGGAUUGAGAGGGUAGGUGGUGAAAAGGGGCAGAACAUUGGCACGCUACCUUUAUUAUCGCUUUAGAGCCUAUGGCUGUGUCGUAACAACUUUCUUUGCCUGAAGGGAACCUUGCUUGCUCAGUAACACGAUAAGCAUGUCUCGAUGACACUAGACUUAAUACAGUAUCCACUAUAUUCACCGCAAAUGUAUGACUUGAGCAACGUGUUCUGCUUGUCGAUCAGGUAGAACAGAGACAGACUGGUAUGCUACAAGCCAAGCCCACGUUCCCCCCUCUCAGCUUGCUCUAGGGUCAAGACCGUUAGAACACGCGAAGGCAGAGCGCCCCAUUACCAAGUGCC